AUGGCCCCCUCUACCACGUACGUCCCUCUCAUUGCAACCCUUUCAAUAGUUCUGACGGUACUUGUCGACUCUGUGCAGCGUCCCGAGUGCUUCGGUCAGUUUGAACCAAACGUCGCGAUUGAAGUCCCGGAGACUCUCCUCAAGAAGAGAAAACAAAAUGAAAAGGCCCGGGAGGAACGCGUCGCUGCCGCCACAGCCGCUCGCAAGGCUUCAAAGGCCAAGCGAAAGGUUAUCUUCAAGCGCGCGGAGUCUUAUGUGAAGGAAUACCUUGCUAAGGAGAAGGAGGAAAUUCGCUUGAAGCGUGCUGCUCGCACCGCGGGUGACUUCUAUGUUCCCGCCCAGCCCAAGGUCUACUUUGUUGUUCGUAUCCGAGGUAUCAAUGAGAUUGCCCCCAAACCCCGAAAAAUUUUGCAACUUCUUCGCCUCCUCCAGAUCAAUAACGGUGUCUUUGUCAAGGCUACUCGCGCCACCCAACAGAUGCUCCGAUUGGUCGAGCCUUACAUCACCUAUGGUGAACCCAACUUGAAGACUGUUCGCGAGCUUAUCUACAAGCGCGGAUACGGAAAGGUCGACAAGCAGCGCAUUCCUCUGUCGAACAACAGCGUCAUUGAGAACGCCCUCGGUAAAUUCGACAUCCUUUGCGUUGAGGAUCUCGUCCACGAAAUCAUCACUGCGGGCCCCAACUUUAAGCAGGCGUCCAACUUCCUUUGGCCCUUCAAGCUCUCCAACCCUACUGGCGGCUGGAGGACAAGGAAAUUCAAACACUACGUCCAGGGUGGUGACUUUGGAGACCGGGAGAGCAACAUCAACAAGCUCAUUAGACAGAUGAACUAA